ACUACCUCUCUACCGCUCCAUACCACGUGAACACUUUAGCUGCCUUGAUCUCCUCUAUUCACUGCACCGUUAGACAACCGCGCGUGAUUUCCAUGGGAACGUCGUCACGCAAAAGGAAAUUACCGGGUUUGCUUGGUCAGUGGGCUUGGUUGGUUGACAGUAAUCUUGCUAUGGCUUCAAAGGGACAAAAGAGGGCUGACCCUACUGAGCUGAAAGCUAUUUUCAUAAAGUAUGCCAGCAUCCAGAAGAACAAUGAGGCCUUCAUGUCUCCAGAGGACUUUGUGGCCCGGUUUCUCUAUGCACACACUGACAUCAGGCUGUCUGACGAGGCCACCUCACUGCUGGCUGGGGUGGUGGACCAGAAGAAAGAUGGGUUGAUCUCCUUCCAGGAGUUUGUGGCCUUUGAGUCGGUCCUCUGUGCCCCAGAUGCUCUCUACGUGGUCGCCUUCCUGCUGUUCGACAAGACGGGCAAAGGAGCAGCCACCUACGAGGAUGUGAAGCAGGUCUUCAGCCAGACCACCAACCAUCAGCACAUCCCCUUUAACUGGGAUUCUGAGUUCAUGCGGCUGCACUUCGGCACGGAGAGGACCAAGCACCUCAGCUAUGGAGAGUUCACCCAGUUCCUCCUGGAGAUGCAGCUGGAACAUGCACGGCAGGCCUUUGUUCAGAGGGACAAGGCCCACAGUGGCUCCAUCUCCGCCCUGGACUUCAGGGACAUCAUGGUCACCAUCCGGCCCCACAUGCUCACACCCUUUGUGGAGGAGAGCCUGGUGGCGGUGGCCGGGGGCAGUACAUCUCACCAGGUCAGUUUCUCCUACUUUAACGGCUUCAACUCUCUCCUCAACAACAUGGAUCUCAUUAGGAAGAUCUACACCACACUGGCUGGGAGCAGUAGAGUCCUGGAAGUCACUAAAGAGGAGUUCAUCAUUGCGGCCCAGAGGUUUGGUCAGGUGACUCCAAUGGAGCUGGACAUCCUGUUCCAACUGGCCGACCUCUCUGAGUCCCGUGGCCGUGUUGGUCUGGUGGACAUUGACAGGAUUGCUCCGCUGGAGGAGGGGGCCCUCCCAUACAACCUGGCCGAGGUCCAGAGACAGCUGUCCGGUGGUGAUCCGUCCCGAUCUGUUCUCAUCCAGGUAGCAGAGUCCGCCUACAGGUUUGGCCUCGGCUCCAUCGCCGGCGCUGUGGGAGCCACAGCAGUUUACCCCAUAGACCUAGUGAAGACCAGGAUGCAGAACCAGAGGACCACAGGCUCCCUGGUGGAAGAGCUCAUGUACAAGAACAGCUUGGACUGUUUCAAGAAGGUGCUGCGUUACGAAGGCUUCUUCGGCCUCUAUAGAGGUCUGGUACCACAGCUACUGGGUGUGGCCCCGGAGAAAGCCAUAAAGCUGACAGUGAAUGACUUUAUCAGAGGGAAGACCAGACAGAGAGAUGGAUCAAUCCCUGUACCUGCUGAGAUCCUGGCUGGUGCAUGUGCGGGUGGAUCCCAGGUGAUCUUCACCAACCCUCUGGAGAUUGUGAAGAUCCGCCUGCAGGUGGCUGGAGAGAUCACCACCGGCCCCCGUGUCAGCGCCAUAUCUGUCAUCAAGGACCUGGGUUUCUUUGGUCUCUACAAGGCAGCCAAAGCCUGUUUCCUGCGAGACAUCCCUUUCUCAGCCAUCUACUUCCCCUGCUAUGCGCACGUCAAGGCCUACAUGAGUGAUGAGGAUGGGAGGAUCGGACCAGGCAAGCUGCUGUUUUCAGGGGCCAUAGCAGGCAUGCCUGCGGCCUCCCUGGUGACCCCCGCCGACGUUAUCAAGACCAGGCUACAAGUGGCGGCCCGUGCCGGCCAGACCACGUACACCGGUCUCGCUGACUGCUUCUGGAAGAUUCUGAAGGAGGAGGGACCACGGGCCUUCUGGAAAGGAGCGGGAGCCCGAGUGUUCCGGUCCUCUCCCCAAUUUGGGGUCACCCUGGUGACCUAUGAACUCCUGCAGAGGUGGUUCUACAUUGACUUUGGCGGACAAAAGCCGUCUGGUUCGGAGCCGACUCCCAAGUCUCGCAUCAGCCUGCCGGCGCCCAGCCCCGACCACAUUGGAGGUUUCAGGUUGGCCGUGGCCACGUUCGCUGGCACCGAGAGCAAAUUUGGACUCCACCUCCCAAGAUACAACGUUCAAGUAACCCCCCGGCCCAAGAAGGACGCCCCUUGAAUUGAACCCCCUCUGCCCACACAUAGGGGGCAGAAUAGAGCACACGUGCAAUCAUUACACCCUCUCCCUCCCACCCCCAGCUAGUCGAGCACUUGGAAUAUUCCACCCGAAAGAGAAGCACAUUGUGAGUAGUAUGAUCUGCCUCUCUAGGCUUUAAAGAUAAAUAUGUGUCUGUUUUAGUUGAUGAGAAUUUUUGAAACCUAUUAUGAUCUUCAGAAAUGUACCUUUCUACAUCAUGGUCUAGAAACACAAAAACGUUGUUUUAGCUUCUGUUUUAGUCUUAGCUACCCGUAAAGAUUACUUUUUGAGUCAGUCUUAUUGUGAAGAUCAAGUGAUAUCUACAGUACUGACAAUGUGUGUCUAGAGUAGUGUUCCAGUUUGUCUUUUCAUACAGUAAUAUGCACAGUAGUGGAGGGGCUGGCCAUGACUUGAAUUAGACCUGGUCUGCUUCCUUUCAUUACGUCAUCACUAAGGCCGGGACUCAUUCAAAAGUGCAUUGUCAACAUGUGCAUUGCACUUGCUUUUAAAGGUCCUUUACACUUGAGCCGACAUGUACCGUAUUUACCAUGAAGGCCAUCUCUUUAAAAGACACUUGACAGUUCAAUGUGCUCGUCUACAACGUGCCUUUGAUUGAAUCUUGGUCUAACCAUCACUUUAUAUGAUGGUGCUUUUACUGUCUUCCACCUGAGAGUCUGAUGAAUACCAAACAGAAUGAGCCCUAUCCGCAGGAUGGGGAUAGUAGCACAGGUACGCACAUCCGAAUGACGGUUCUACUACACUCGCAUUAACAUCUGCUAACCAUGUGUAUGUGACAAAUAACAUGUGAUUUGAUUUGAUUUUACUGUACAUAUGAAUGACGGUUCUACUGUACAUAUGAAUGACGGUUCUACUGUACAUAUGAAUGACGGUUCUACUGUACAUAUGAAUGACGGUUCUACUGUACAUAUGAAUGACGGUUCUACUGUACAUAUGAAUGACGGUUCUACUGUACAU